CAGGAGGAAGAGGAAGACGCCCGUUGGCAUCAGACCAAUGCAGCAAAGGGUGUGAGAGGAGUCGCCGCUUGCCACCGAGCUGCCAGACCCAGAAAGCAGGAUGGAGCUGGAGUGAGGUGGAGGGCUGCGAGCUGCUGACCGGCGCGUGGGACACUGGUGAUUUGCGGAUCACUGAGGCUGGCCAACGUUCAUGGCUCUCGGGUAGAGCCCAGCGAAACGGCCAGAAUGAAUUCUAUGGACAGGCACAUCCAGCAGACCAAUGACCGACUGCAGUGCAUCAAGCAGCACUUACAGAAUCCGGCCAACUUCCACAAUGCCGCCACGGAGCUGCUGGACUGGUGUGGAGACCCAAGAGCUUUCCAGCGCCCCUUCGAGCAGAGCCUCAUGGGCUGUUUGACGGUGGUCAGCCGGGUGGCCGCCCAGCAAGGGUUUGACCUGGACCUCGGCUACAGACUGCUGGCUGUGUGUGCUGCGAACCGGGACAAGUUUACCCCAAAGUCUGCCGGUAGGUGUCCGUCGGGGGCUCCAUGA